CAUCGCGACAUUCAAUAAUCUAUACAACCUCGUCGUUGCACAGUGCCGCCUUUGCCACCAAUCCUCCGCAGUCACACAAUUGCUCCUCCCCUUGUGUCCGGACCCCAGGUGAAUACGGCUUCUGUGCUUUAUUCUCUGGACAAUUUCUGGGCCUAGAUUGGUGCCUAAAUCUCGCCUGCAUCGACUAAUCUCGAACCUCUCCCCUCCUUUUGCAUGCCCGUGUCAUUGUACAUGCAGCGGCACGGCGAAUGCAACACCAGAGCUGUGUUUUACUGACCAAACGAAUACAAACGCUUUCUUCAAAGUUUUGUCAAGUCUUCUAAGCCACGGAACGAAUAACAAUGCCUCUUCUGGAGGUAUCACAUAACGUCAGAGAGUCAGAAUCCUCUGGCCGAAAGAGAAAUCACGAUGAGUUCUCUGCUGAGCCAGGCAAAGUUGAACUGGCGGAAGAUGUUAAGAACAUCCCGCCUGUGAACAUCCAAGAACCUGAAGAUGAUUCCGCCCAAUGUCCAUCUUCUCCUUUAUCAUCUCCAGCUCUAUCAGAAGCAGGCGACGAUACGCUAUUAGCACAAGAUCUAUUCUCACUGUCAACAUCAUCAGAAACUACGAAUCAAGAGACAUCAGGAACAUCCGCGCCACAAUCAAGCUCGAAAUCUGCUACAAAUGCCAAUCCACCACCGAAACGGAAGCGUCUAACUCCAGCAGAAAAAGAAGCCCGGGAUAAGGAGCUUGCCGAGAAAAAAAAGGAGCGCGAGGAGAAAGCAUUAGCACAAGCGGCCGAAAAGGCUGCGGACAAGGCCAAGAAAGAGGAAGAAAAGCUCAAGAAGGAAGAGGAAAAAGCUGCUGAUAAGGCAAAAAAGGAAGAAGAAAAAGCCAAGAAGGAGGAGGAAAAGGCAGUGCGGGCAAAGGAGAAGGAAGAAAAGCGAAAAUUAAAGGAGGAGGAAGAUCGUAUCAAGGCUGACAAGAAGAGAAAGAAAGAAGAGGAGCUACAGCGCAUUCAGGAGGAAAAGGAUCGAAAGGCCAGAAGUCAAAAGACGCUAGGAAGCUUCUUCAAGAUCCCUAGCACUCCUAAGAAGGUUGAAGGAGACGAUGCGGCGAAAGACAAUAGCCCCGCCAAGGUCAAAUCAUCGGUGGCAGAGGAGAAACCAACAGCCUCAGAAUAUUCAAAGAUGUUCAAGCCGUUCUUUGUCAAAGCAAACGCCCGAUUAGCACCAACGAUAUCACUGAUGGAUAAGGCGAUUCAAGAAGCGAAAUCAAAGGCCUUGGACGACCAUAUCAUGAACCAGCAACAGAAUAGCGGUGCUCCUCUCAAAUUCGACCCUGUGGACGUCUUCUCCUUCUCCAGUCUCCCUCCUUCUCGCGGCAAACUACAUCAGCCAGUCAGACACAUUAUGGAGACUGCAUAUAAGGCUGCACAAAACUCAGAAAAGAACGGCAGUGCAGAUGCUAGCAACAUUUUCACGGAAAUCCGAACGGGGCUAAGCAAAAUCCCAUUGAAAGUAAUUGCUUUCUCACAGGACGUGCGCCCGCCUUACUACGGUACAGUAACCUUCAAAUCCUUUGCCCUCGGCAAAGGAAACAUGUAUAAGCUAGCGCGAAGAUCCAUGGCCCGUCGACUGCCACUGGACUAUGAUUAUGACUCAGAGGCCGAAUGGCAGGAUGAAGAAGAGGGCGAAGAUCUUGACAUGGAGGACGAGGAAGAGGAACUGGAUGAUGAGGACGACAUGGAUGGCUUCCUCGAUGAUUCUGAAGAUGUUGGUGUCUCCAGAAGAAUAUUUGCGGAUACUCUACAGCCCGAAAUCAUAGGCCCGUGUUUUGAGGACCAGAAUCGAAAAGGCCCAGCCCUGGCAUUACACGACAAGAAGAUGGAGUUUAUCCAUGAUGGAUUUGACAUGCAAUGGGACAUUGACCCCUUUUCAACCAAAUACUGGGAGCCAGAACCUGUUACCAAGGCUGCCAAGGGCAAGGCCGCAAAGACUGUCAAAUCUGAUAAUGAUGCCAAAGCUCUUCCGCCUGUCCCGACAAACGCGUUUGCCGCGCUGGGUAGUGCGAGUGGUUCGAACUCAGCCCCAGGUAAAUUGGUCAAACCUGAGCUUUUGAACGACGUCAAGCAGGCCAUUUUAGACAACAAGGCUCUUUCCAAGGUCGGCAUUGUGGAUUUUAUCUUUCAUCAGUUUAGAGACAGCGCUUCCCGAUUGGAAGUCAAAAACACCAUUGAGCAUGUUGCGGAGAAGAAAGGUGUCGGUCGAAUCAAGGAAUGGGAGCUGAAGCCCGGCCACGAGAUCUCGCUAUGAGGCGAUAUGGUAAUGUUUGGAGGUCGCGGGCAGCAUUCUCGUGUUACGAUUUGACGAAACCAACUUAGCAUGGAGUUCUUUGGACGAUAGUAGACUAAGCCAGUUAUUUUGAGACUUCUCAAGCUGGCUGUGAGCUUUGGGCCGGGCUUAUUUGUUUGCAUGGCAUGGCUAGAAGGGCGGAGUACUGUAUUUUAUUGACGAUACAGUUUGGCAUGUAUUGUAUGUAGGGAAUAGCAAGCAAGGCAAUUCUAUUGGGGGC